UUAUGUUGGGUAUAUAUAGGCUCCGUGCACACGUCACUUCCUUUCUCAGCGACGGUAAGAUCAUGGACGCCAGCCGCGUGCAGCCCAUCAAGCUCGCCAGAGUCACUAAAGUUCUGGGUAGAACCGGGUCUCAGGGUCAGUGUACCCAGGUGCGUGUCGAGUUCAUGGACGACAGCAACCGCUCCAUCAUCAGAAAUGUGAAGGGCCCAGUGAGGGAGGGAGAUGUUCUGACACUUCUGGAGUCUGAAAGAGAAGCAAGAAGGCUUCGAUAAGUUACAGCCUAUUUAAUGUGCUAGAUAAAAGCUAUAAAGUCCCCCGAAGAAGCAAGUCACCGCUGCCAUCUCUUAGUCCAGAUGUGUGCGAAAUUCUAAUAAAAUGAACAGUUGAUUUUG